CAAAUCUCGGCGGGUUUUCAUCACACUCCAACCCGUACAACACCAUGAGUUCUCAGCCUGGACUUCGUCGGCGAGACUGGACAACAGGCCAUGGACUGCGAAAGGUUCUUGAUGCCACAACGAACACGUCCGAGCCAAAGCCAAUUGCCCAUCCCCCAACCGAUGUGAGUAAUCUCACUUCAUACAGACGAGCCCGCCAAACUGCUAGGCCUAGCCCGCAGCCAUAAAAGAAACCUGCGACUGCUUCACAUUCGCCUCAUUUACGGAAGAAGAUGUCUGGGAACUAGGCCACCUCCUCUACGCGCGCCUCCUCCCAUUUACACCAAAGGAGUCUUGCUUGAUUUCAGUAACGCUCGCCACAACUGGCCAGGUCGUCUUCCAAUCCGUCUGCGGCCCGAAUACAAUGAAGGACAACGAGAACUGGGUAGCUCGGAAGCGCAAUGUGGUGCUGCGAUGGUCGGGAAGUACCUGGUACUGGAACCGGGUAUUUGACGGUGGAGAUGAGGAUAAAUUUCGCAGGCUUUUUAGUAUGAGUAUGGAGGAAUCGACCCAGUAUGCUAUUCAUGGUGGGGGCGUGCCGAUUCGUGUUGAGGGCGUUGCUGGGAUUGUGGCGGUUGUUUGCGUUUCUGGGUUGAAGCAGGAGGAGGAUCAUGGGGUUAUUGUGGAGGUUAUUAAUGAUAACUGGUGUUAAGCCCGUGACAUAGAUGAACGGUCCCUAUGUCAGGUUAUACAUUUUGUCUAUUGACUACUUCCUAGGUGCUGAGACCCCGGUUUUGAUCUCAACGCUGCAAAUAGAAUCUCACCUCAAC